AGCGCAAAUUGCUGAGGACAAAUUGCCCCCCACGCGAAAUUUUUACCGCUAAUCCACAAGAAAUAUGCUGAUUCCAUUUUCUCUGCACAGGAGCGUGGGCGCACAGGGCUACAGGAGCGCAACAACUAUAAACAAAGAUUGAUCGGCAAUCACAACCUCCCUAAUCAUUUGCCGGAAGGGCGCGUAUUACGAACUCUAAGUGGAAAUGGCUAACUGGUUCGUCAACGAAGGGCCGAAAUAUGUUGUCUUGUUCCUGUGGAUGGGUAUAAAUGUCCUGUUGUUCACUCUCACAUACAUUCAAUUUGAUACAGAGAAGAGGUAUAUUUACUUAAAAGAACUUUUGAAGGGAAAAGGCCUUCCUGUUGCACGUGGUGCUGCUAUGGUCUUGAAUUUCAACUGCAUGCUCAUCUUGCUUCCAGUUUGCCGAAAUCUUAUCAGCCUUGUUAGGAGCAAAUGCACGUGCUUGCCUCAAAACAUUUUGCGUCUUCUCGAUAAGAAUAUCACCUUUCACAGAGUUUGUGCAUACAUGAUCGCUAUAGCAACAGCGAUUCAUGUUGGUGCUCACAUGUUCAACGUGGAGAAUUUCGUGACUAGCUGGCAAAGUACGGAUAAACUUGUAAGCACGCUGAACAGUGAAAGUGGUGACAAUUUUGUCAAUCCAAUCAGAAACCCAGACGGGGACUCUGUUACCGAGGCAAUACAAACUGUUGCUGGAGUUUCUGGUGUUAUUAUAACAAUGUGCCUGAUCAUAAUGGUUUCGUCAUCAACUGAACUUAUAAGGAGGAGUUAUUUUGAAGUCUUCUGGUUCACACAUCAUCUGUUCAUUGUCUUUUUCAUUGGCCUUAUCAUUCAUGGGGUCCAGGGCAUUAUUCAUUCACAAACAAAUAUUGAGGAUCAUGAUCCCGAAGUAUGCAAAGACAAAGACUGGGCGGCAACUCCUGCUUGUCAGAAGAAACCUUUAUUUGGUGCUGCAGGUCCUCAGACAUGGAAAUGGGUUGUCGGCCCUCUGGCUCUGUACCUUCUUGAACGAUGCCUUCGCUUUUACAGAUCAACACAAAAUGUGGAAAUAUCAAAGGUUGUCAAACAUCCAUCAAAAGUUCUAGAAAUCCAAAUGAAAAAACCAGGCUUUCAUGCUGAACCCGGACAGUACAUCUUUUUGCACUGCCCAAACAUUUCAAAUCUCGAAUGGCAUCCCUUUACUUUGACUUCGUGUCCUGAAGAGGAUUUUUUCAGCUUGCAUAUCCGGCUAGUUGGUGAUUGGACUGGUGCAUUAGCAAAGGCCUGUGAUACCACUGAUGUCUCAAGUAUUCCCAGGGUUGCAGUUGAUGGGCCUUUUGGUACGGCUAGUACGGACGUCUUCAACUAUCCUGUCUGUGUUUGUGUGGGUGCUGGGAUAGGUGUCACGCCAUUUGCUUCCAUCUUGAAGUCCAUUUGGUAUAAGUAUCAGUCAUCAAGCCCUGACUUGAAGGUGACCAAGGUUUAUUUCUUCUGGAUCUGCCCAGACACAAAUGCAUUUGAAUGGUUCACUGACCUUCUGCAAUCUUUAGAGACCCAGAUGGAGGAGAAGAAUCUUCAAGGAUUUCUAGAGUACCAUAUUUAUCUCACCAGAGGCUGGGAUAAUGAUCAGGCAAGAAACAUUGCUAUGCACCAAGGAUCACAGCGGGAUGUCAUCACCGGAUUACAGCAAAAGAUGAACUUUGGAAGACCUAACUGGGCCCAAAUUUUUAAAGGCAUUGCUGACAAUCAUCCCAGAACUGACAUUGGGGUGUUCUUCUGUGGCCCAGCUGUACUGUCACACACAUUGCACAAGAUGUCCAACAUGCACAAUGAUGACAAAACUGGUACCAAGUUCUAUUACAAUAAGGAGAACUUCUAAUAUUUGGGCCUAAGGAUAUCAUUAUGAAGGUAACAACAUAGAAGCCUGAGAAAAAUUAAACUGGUGGAUGGCCUUCUGUUAUUUUGGGAUUUUUUACCAUAAUAUCGCAAACAGAUAACAGUUAAUGUCACAAAUAAUGUACCACCAAGAAGGAAAUCAUGACUCUGGCACAAGCACAUCUUGAUAAUUUUCUAUUAUGUAUGAAAUCAUUUUGCAAGAUUAGUUAAGUUAGAUAAUUAGUUUUGAAUCUUUUAAAUACAAGAAAUAAAGUUUCAUUCUCUGAGCAUGUCAACUACUAUAGAGAAUCUAAUAUAGAUGAUCUAUGGGGUUUAUGCAAGCAAUUGGAACAUGAAAAUGUAGCCUUAAUGUAAAAACAAUGAGAUUUUGAAUUAAUAAAAUGGGCAAGUUCAGAAUAUGUUAGCUUUGCUCCAAGGUAUAUGAAAAACCUGGCACUGGUGUUUGUUGAUAAAACUAUCUUGAAGCUAAAUGUUAUUUAUUUUUGCCAAUUUUGUAAACUUGAUCUUUUUAUAAUUCACAAUUUUGUAAUUUAUCAUUAUUCCGAGAAAUUAAUCCUCUGGCUUUUUAUAAGAACUGUAUCUAUGUUUUAUCAUGUGAUGAUAUUUGUUUAUGUGUCUACUAAAGAAGCUAAAGUUGCUUUUUGUAUA